AUGACCGAGGAAGAAGAUCCUGACUUAAGGUCAAGACAAGAAUGUCGGGACAUAUUAAGAGCUCAUUUAAAGUUUAAUUGCAGUGCAGUUUAUCGACCAAGAAAUCUUGAUGAAAUAAAUGAGAGAAUUAGAAACCAUAUGACAGACAAAGAAAGAAUUCAAAAUGAAAUGGAAGGCAUUAAGGAGCUGUUAAGACAAUCACAAGAAAGAGCCGAAAAUGCCGAAGAAACGGCACGCAAAAGAGAAGAAAAAUUACAACAAGAAUUUAAAGAAACUCUGGAUAAUUUAUCUAGUCAAUAUGCAGAAAGAGAAGAUAGGAUAGCUGCCGUAGUGGCAGAACAAAUGAAUUCUAAAUUAAGCGAGGUGGAAGCAGCAUACGGCACAACAAUCAGUGAGUUAAAAAGCAUGAUAGAAAAAUUAAAUGAUCAUAUGAAUUCAGAAAGAGCUCAACAUCAAAAUGAUAUGAAGGAGAUGAGAAGUUUUUACGAUCAACAGUUUAAUCAAACUCGCCAAGCCUAUGAGAAUGCAGCCAGAAGAACCGAACCAAGACCGAUAUGUAAAAUAAUGUAA